AUGCUUGUAGCACAUAAGAGUAAGAUUAUGUUAAUAGUGAGUGAAUCAUUCACAGUCUUUCAAGCUGCAAAAUUUCAAGACAACACUCACAAACUGAAGGUACUGAUGAAAAAGCAGUAUUUAAUAUUUUUUAUUAGUUUCGGGAUGGUGCUACGUAGGUCAAUUGAAGGUCAUGAUAUUACGCAGACCAAUUGUCAGCUGAUAGAUCUUACGAGUCAGUUGAAGGCUACAACGUUGUUUGGAUCAUUUGGAGGCUGGUACUGUUUGUGGGUCAGUUGGAUACUGCAACUCCGUGUGAGCCUUUUUGAAUACUGGCAUAUUUUGUUCAGAAUCCGGAUAUUGUGGUGCCAUGUAAAGGUGUGUAAAAUGUUAAUCAAUGUCGGUCAGUGUUUGUUUGAUCAAUAUCAGACGAAUAUUCAUGAAGAUAUCGAUGGAUUUAAAAAUGACAAUACCGAUAUUUCCACUACUAGUGAUGUGAUAAAUUGUGACGCAGAUUGUGGACGCCUUACAGCCUUCAUGUCAGUUAAAUUAGGUUUAGAUUUUCUUAGAUUGCUUUAUCAAGUCCGAGGUCUGUUAAGUUUUUAG